AUGUAUCUGAAAAGUAUGGAAGAACUUCAACAAGACCAAGAGUUGCUAAGAUCAGAGGUCAACCAAUUGAAAAGCCAGAUGAAUCAGAUUAUGGAAACCCUGCAAGUCUUGUUGAAGAGAGAAUGCAACUUUCCUCCGAUUAUUACAAAGCAAGUGGAUACUCAUUUAGCCUUCUCCGUUGCUACUUCAAAUCAAGGGCAACCAUCUGUUAUGUCAUGUGAUUCAUAUUUUGGAGUAGAGAAGGAAACACCUGUUUGCUUUCCUCAAUCAGUGCUUCGUAGGACUCUGCAUCAACGUCCAUUGUCUUGUUUAGGAAAACUUAAUGAUGGGCGUAGUGUUGCGGUGAAGAAGUUACUUGAGAAAAACAAUUACAAAAGAGUUGAGCAAUUCAAGAAUGAAGUUGAAAUCAUGGCAUCAUUAGUCCAUGAAAAUCUUGUGUCUCUAUAUGGAUGCACUUCACUUCACAGUCCCGAGCUUCUACUUGUCUAUGAGUAUGUUUCUAAUGGAACCGUUGCUGAUCCUCUCCGUGGUAAAGAAGCAAAACAUGGAAAACUUACUUGGCCUAUUAGAAUGAAUAUUGCUGUGGAGACAGCAAAGGCGUUGGAGUAUAUUCAUACAUCUAAAAUCAUUCACAGAGAUAUUAAAACAAAUAAUAUUCUCCUUGACACUCAUUUUCGUGUGAAGGUAGCCGAUUUUGGACUCUCGCGCCUUUUUCAAGUCGAUAAAACUCAUGUUUCAACGGCUCCACGAGGGACUCUGGGUUAUUUGGAUCCUGAAUACCAGCAAUGCUCUCAACUUACCGUUAAAAGUGAUGUGUAUAGCUUUGGUGUUGUGAUGAUUGAGUUGAUAUCGUCUUUGCGUGCCGUUGAUAAUAUAACAAGUGAUGGGCAUGAAUUUGAUUUGGCUUGCAUGGCUCUAACCAAAAUUCAAAACCAAGCAUUGCAUGAAAUUGUGGAUCCUACACUCGGUUUUGAAUCGGAUUCUAAAGUAAAGAACAUGAUCAUUGCCAUGGGCGACUUAGCAUCUCAAUGUUUGCAAAGUUCGAAAAAUUCGAGACCUACCAUGGAUGAAGUGUUGGAAAGUUUAGAGGAGAUUCAAAAAGAUGGUAAGCUUAAAAGCCAACCCGAGGUAAUGGGCAUUUCGAAUUUAUCUGAUGAGGCUUCCACCUCCACUAUCACCUGAGUCGAAUGUUAGGAGCAGUUAAACAACUCCGAAUACUAGUGGAUAAAUCGGUUCGAUUUGAUAUGUUCUUCAUGGUUUUCCACAUACUUUAUUUAUUUAAACUAAUUUCAUAUAUUAAACAUAAAAGAAAGCAGAUCUAGACAUUUAGUGUAG